AUGACCUUCAUACGAGCUGAGCUAGGAUACUACAAUCAAUGGGCCCAGGAAUACGGACCGCUUUACUCCUUCACGAUCGGUAACCAGCGCUUCGUCGUGGUGUCAGAUCCGGGCAUUGCGAAAUCCCUCUUCCUCAGCAACGGAGCCAUCUGCUCCGAUCGCAAAGAAAUGUUCGUCAAGAGUCGGACGAUCCUCAAGGGCAGGGCGACGGCCUCGCUGGACCCGAAAGACGCCGGCCAGCAAACUGGCGUGCUCGAUUUGGAAACGACGAAGAUGAUCAGAGCGCUCCUUAGGGACUGUGCGGAUGGCAAGCGCCUGAAUCCCCAGGUCUACAUCGGACGCUGCUCUCUGAACUGCAUGGUCGCAAUCACAUUCGGCUCUCCCAGGAUUCGUGUCGCGGAUUCACGAGUUCUGGCCCUCUCGCGCGAGUUCAUGAACACGACCGGCCCCAUGUCUAAUCUGGUUGACUUCGUGCCCGGAUGGCUACAGAGAAGCCUGCCGUGGGAAAUGCAGCGUCGCGGGAAGCAACUGCACGCUGCCCUGGUGGACACCUAUGGUCGCCAAGUCAAGCGCAUCGAGCGUCGCAUGGAGACCGGUGUGCAGGUCGAGGAUUGCUUCGUCAAGACCAUGGUCGCCACGAGAGACAGGGAGCAGUUGGAUGAUCUUGACAUGGCCAUGCUAGCCUCGGCGUUCAUGGUGGGCGGUGUCGAGACGACGGCGUCCAUCAUACAGUGGUUUAGCGCGCUGAUUCCCUCCCACAAACACGUCCAGCGCAAGGUUCACGAAGAACUCGACCGCGUCGUUGGCCGCAACCGUCUUCCUACCCUGGAAGACGAGGCCAAUCUACCCUAUUGCCGAGCUAUCAUCAAAGAGGUGGAGCGGUGCCACAAUCCGUUCUGGCUGGGCACACCACAUGCGGCCAGCAAAGACCUCGUAUGUGACAACAAGUUCAUUCCGGCGGGGUCGGUCUUGGUGUUGGAUACGUGGACCAUGCACCACGAUCCAGUGCGAUAUCCUGAUCCCCUCAAGUUUAACCCUGACCGUUACCUCGACGAUAGUCUUUCUUCUGCCAAAUCUGCAAGACUGGCUGAUCCGCGCCUGCGCGACCACUGGACCUUUGGCGUCGGUCGGCGUAUCUGUCCCGGUAUACUCGUUGCACAGCGCGAAAUUUGGCUUGCCGUAACGAAGAUGCUGUGGGCGUUCGACCUGGCAGAAGUGCCAGGUCAUCCUGUCGAUCUGAACGAGUACGAUGGUGCGAGUGGACGGAGCCCUGUUCCGUUUGAGAUUGUGCUUCGGCCCCGAUCCGAGCGAAUCCGCAAAGUAAUAUGUAAAGGUAUUGAAUAA